AUGGUGGAGCGGGCCUGGUCGGACAAGACAACCAGCCGCGACCUUGGCUUGGAAGAAGUGCUAUCGGAACUCCAACGAUGGAACACCAAUUUCAACUCCAGUGGGCCCCAGCGGGCUCGAGAACGCUUCGCCAUGUUGCGUGCGGCCCCGAUGGCCGUGGCUGCCCUUGCGGAGCGGCCGCUGCUGCAAACCGCUGUCUCAGCGGAUUUGCAGGCAUCUUUCCUGCCGGAGCGGCCAGCCUUCGUCACGCCAACGGAGAUGCCAGCUCCCUCUUUUGGCAUACUUUGCGUGUUGUUUCAUGUCUUCAUUUGCAAGGUGCCCUCAGCACACGUUUUAAGGCUCAUGAGCUGCUCUGCGACCGGCUUCGGAACAACCCUCUCAAUGAUUGCGUUUGAUGAGCUACGAACGUUAAGUGCAGGUUUCUAUGACAGCGGAGCACCUCUUCUUGGAGACUACAGCUUCGUCGAAAAGCUGCUGUCAAGAAGGAAGGAGGUUGCUGCCGUAUGUCCUCUUGCUGUCCUGCAGGCCAUACUGCUUCAAAGUGAGCGGCUGCUCGUAAGUAUUUACACGAGUUCAUCACAGAGCUCGGAAGUGCAUGCUGCACAGUUCAGCGAGGCUUCCCAGCUGAAUUUAGAAUUCAACAUCUUGCAAAGCUGGCUCCAAAAACGACUCGGGCCCAACGCAAGCACUGAAAGAAUAACUGCACCGGACAGUACCAGCACUGCCAGCAACAUGAAAGAGUCCUCAAGCGACUGGGGCUGGCCGCUGCGUGCCGGCUGGAGGAGGGUUGGGCGCUACUACGACCUUCUAUGGCAGGAUGUUUAUGAUUCCCGGGAGGCUUGGGCCAAGAUGGACAGCCCGGAUGUCGGAGAGCUUUCAGACAACUUGUAUCAUCAACUCCUUUCCGAGGUGGCCGACGUGCUAGAAUCUUUGGAAGCCGAAUGGUGGCCGUGCCGGGGCACCCUUAUUGCUCUUCUGAGACACGGCGCUAGGAGCGGCACUUUGUCAGAAGGCAAAGUUGACAUGGUGGAGCGUGACAUCGAUUUGAUGGUCGGAGUUUCGGAUGAAGAAGGCUUUGAAUUGCUUGGCCGUGCCAUCGAAAGGAACUUGCUGCUGAAAGGCUGGGAUCGCUGUUGGACCAAACCUUCGGCAACCUUUCAUCACAAAUACCAAUUUGCUGUGCGUCGGGACCUGCUGUACUGCAUGCGAACGAAGCCUCACAUGAUGUUGGAUGUCACCUCUUACAUCACUGGAGAAAAAGAGGACAGUCUGCCCUAUGUCUUUGUGCACCGGCUUUGUCGGGGAGAAGGGCAUGAAGGGCGGGAGGGAGCUAAGGCUGCUAAGGGAGAGAAGCCUUGUUUCGUUUUACCCGAUGUGGGUCCCUUGGCACCGGGAGGUGGCACUUUGCCUCGUGAGGCGAUUUAUCCUUUGCGGCGGUGCUGGGCCUUUUCCCGAUCGGUGCCCUGCCCCAACCAACCGCUUCAAACCCUCAUGGCCAUGUCCCACAGCGGCUUAUCGACGGCCUGCAUUGCGCUUCCAGACACCCGCGGACGCCAUGACAAGCAUUCGCAACGCCUGGCCCGAGAAGGCCUCAAUGCCAAGGACCUGCAAAUUCUCCUGGAUCGGGCACAUGCCUUGAACAGCCAAGACUUCCAAUCCAUGCUUCCUUACUUCCAGAACUGCAGCGGGCUGCACGAGACGCCUUUCACGCCGGGCGAAGAAAAGAUUCGAAGAAGCUUUGUCAGUCUUAUCGACGUUGUGCAACUUGGCAACUUGCGCCGCAACUUGCGCAGCAACAGCCACUGGAGCUUUGGAGCUCUCUGCUCUGCUCAGCUCAGGAAAUUUUGGAGGCCAGGCCGCUGCCUACGCUGGCGCCGGCGCCAGUGA